AGAACAAUAUUUAACUGAUUUGCCGACUGUAACUUUCUUUAUUACUUGCUACCCUAUUCUAUCAUGGUUAUUUCUAAAUAUCUGGCUACAUCAGUUAUCCAUUUGGAUUGUCAUUUAUGGGAAGAAGAAGCAAAAUUGCAAAAUAGUAUUUAUCGUAAAAAGGGAGAGGAGAAACUAUCAGCUGAUCAGAUGUAAACAAAGCUACAUUCUCUGAGUCUCAAUCGAGAUACGUCAAGUUUGCCUAGGGGUUGAGUUUCUAUUAACAUCCAAGACGGCCGACUUUUGACCGGAAAAUGGUUGCAUAUUGAUAUUUUCUUUUAAUUUAUGAAAAAGUUGUCCCAAAAAUAUUAGUUUUAUGUAAAAUUUUAGUAUUUUAUCAGUCAGAUUUAAUAUAUAUAUUCUUGAUUGAUUUUAAUAUAUAUUCUUAAAUGAGCGACUAUUAUUGGAAAAUUCCAGCAUAAUUAAGAUAUAUAUUUUGCCUCUUUUUAACUGUAGUAAAUUAAUAAGUGUUCACCACCGAAAAAUGUAAGUGCAAUUAGCAAGCUGUCAAAUAACGGGAUACACAAAAUGCUUAUUCAACGACCCUGGAGACAAGUUUUAUAAAUUUAUACAAAAAUAAUAAUUAUAUUAAAAACAAAAUAAGUCUGUCCAUGUCAAAAAUAUUCAAAUGUGUUGCCAGUAUUACCAAACUUGAGCAUUGCGUAACAGUGUUGCUUGUUUGGUUUUUUUAUGCGCAACCCGUUCUCAGCCAUGUUGUUUAUAUUGUGAACGUACGCCUCAGAGGGAAAAGUACUGUGAAUGGGCACUUUCGCUACUCCUUUAUACUAUGAUAUUGACGUAUUGGUCUAUUCUUUUUCUUUCAUUUCGUUUGUCAUCAAUUGAACGGUGGAGCAAGAAAAAGUGCUAAAAUUAAUAGAAAAGGUUGGUUUAUUACGCGAAAUUAAGUAAAAAUAGCAACAAUGAGUGAGACUAUAAAUACUAGUCAACAGUUUCCGCACUUUGAAAAGCCGACAGUGCAAUUUAAUGAAAAUGGCUGGGGGCCAUGUGAAUUGCCGGAGACUUUUCGCGAUAUGCCAUACCAGCCGUUCAGCAAAAGCGAUCGCCUAGGGAAGAUUUGUGAUUGGACCAGCAGUUCUAAUAACGACAAGAAAUACCAAAAUAAGUACGCCUCGUCAUUCGGUACUGGCAAUCAAUAUGCUUAUUAUCAUGAGGAAGAUGAGACUACUUUCCAUCUCGUUGAUACGGCUCGCAUACAGAAGCCACCUCAUCAACGUGGACGCUUCCGUUCAAACAUGCGCAACAACAGGUCCGCCCGUGGUCGCAAUCAACGUGGAGGAUUGAAUUCUGGUAUGACUACUUUGGGUGGGAAAAAUGUCAAAGCCCGUGAUCCUCGCCGCGGUAUGGGUAAAAAGUUUGGAUCGCGUGGUGUGCCACCUAAGAUUCGGGAAUCGUCUGUUGCUGUCCGUUCAGACUGGACCUCAAUUGAAGAAAUGGACUUCCCACGUCUGACUAAACUUUCGCUGCCAAAUAUCAAAGAGGGUGAGGACAUAAUAACGUGCGGUACUCUUGAAUACUAUGACAAAACUUAUGACCGCAUUAAUGUGAAGAAUGAGAAGGCGCUACAGAAAAUUGAUCGCAUUGUACAUACUGUCACUACUACCGAUGAUCCCGUUAUUCGUCGUCUUUCCAAAACUGUGGGCAACGUUUUUGCUACCGAUGCUAUUUUGGCCACCAUUAUGUGUUCCACACGAUCUAAUUACUCUUGGGAUAUUGUUAUUGAAAAGUUUGGUGAUAAAAUCUUCAUGGAUAAGCGAGACAACACUGAGUUUGAUUUGUUGACCGUCAAUGAAACAUCUGUUGAACCACCAACUGACGACGAUAGUUCUCCCAAUUCACCACGAAAUUUGGCAAUCGAAGCAACAUUCAUAAACCACAAUUUCAGUCAGCAAGUGCUGAAAACCGGCGACAAGGAACCUAAGUAUAAGUUCCAAGAAGCCAAUCCAUUCAUAACUGAGGAUGAAGAUGUUGAAGUUGCUAGUGUUGGCUACCGUUAUAAGAAGUGGAACUUGGGCAGUGACAUUGUUUUAGUUGCUCGCUGUGAACACGAUGGUGUAUUGCAAUCACCAAAUGGAGAACCCCAAUUCUUAUCGAUCAAAGCAUUAAACGAAUGGGACUCAAAAUUGGCGAAUGGAGUUGAAUGGCGUCAGAAAUUGGAUACCCAACGCGGCGCUGUGUUGGCAAACGAAUUGCGUAAUAAUGCCUGCAAGCUAGCCAAAUGGACCGUACAAGCUGUGCUUGCCGGUUCCGAUCAAUUGAAGCUAGGUUAUGUUUCCCGUAGUAAUCCACGAGAUCCCUCACGACAUGUCAUAUUGGGAACCCAACAAUUUAAACCACAUGAAUUUGCUACGCAAAUCAAUUUGAGCAUGGAUAAUGCCUGGGGUGUUCUACGGUGCAUUAUCGAUAUUGUAAUGAAACAGAAGGAUGGCAAAUAUCUGAUUAUGAAGGAUCCCAACAAGCCCAUGAUCCGUUUGUACGAUAUUCCAGACAACACUUUCGAUAGCGAAGAUUCCGAUAAUGGCGAGGGAGAUGAUGGUGAAGCUUUCCAACCAGUUUACACAUACGGCAAUAACAAGAGAAUUUAAAUUUAAAACAGCAAAAGUAAAUUAAUUUUAUGUGUAUGAAAUUGGAAUCUGCUAUUCGAUUGUUUAUUUUUUGAUAAGAGAAAAGCCAGCAUCUAGAUUGCAAAAAAACAUUUUUUAUAUACAAAAAUAUUUAAAUUGAAUUGUUAAUCGUAGUUAUUUGUAGAGAUUAAAGACAGACAACUCGUACAUAUUUGUAUAAUCGAUAAUUCAAGCAGCACAGACUCAAAAUACAUUCAAAGUAUCUUAAACAACUAUAAUGAUUAUUCCACAAUAUAAUAAAAAUAACGGCCUAUCCUUAGUGCUAUUAGAUAUUUGGAAUAAAACCAAUGAACAACGCAAAAGGUGGGCAUCAAAAAACAAAAAAAAA